CCAUCUCAACCCUUUCUCCGCCGCAACAAAACAUGUUCAUACUCGCCGGAAAACUCCUCUUAUGGUUUUCUUUUGUUUUUAUGUAUUUAAUCGAUACCACCGUUUUAGCUCAACCCAAUUUCAUUUACCAUGACUGUACAGAAUCCGGUAAUUUUACCAGAAACGGUACAUAUGAAAGAAAUCUCGCCGCCACCCUCUUGGCCCUCCCCACCACCAACUCCGGCUUUGGUUUCUACAAUCUCUCCUCCGGUCAAGGCAGCGAUACAGUCAACUCUAUUGCCCUUUGUAGAGGCGACGUGGAGCCAAAUGUCUGUCGGAGUUGUCUAAAUGACUCCAUUCUCAAAUUAAGACUACUUUGCCCUAACCAAAAGGAAGCAAUAGGAUACUACGACUAUUGUUUGUUGAGAUACUCCAAUCAGACUAUUCUGGGAAACACUCAAAGACCGCCGUCUCUGUUUUUGUUCAACACCCAAAACGCGUCGGAUCAAGAUGGGUUCAAUAGGGCACUGCGACCAUUGAUGAAUCCGCUGACACUCGAUGCAGCUGCAGGAGGUCCGCUUAUUAAGUUUGCCACCGGAAACACGACGACACCGGAUUUUACAAGAAUCUAUGGGCUUGUUCAGUGUACUCCAGAUUUAACAGAGGGGCAGUGCAGUAGUUGCUUGGAAGAUGCAAUCAAUCGGUCUGUGAUUUCGUUUAGGGGGGCAAUUGGAGGGCAAUCUCUUCAACCCAUGUGUAAAUUUAGAUACGAGAUAAAUCGAUUUUAUAACGGGAGUACGUUAGACAUCCCUCCACCACCAUCUUCGUCACCAACACCACCGCCAAUUUUGCAGGCAUCUCCGCCAAUUCCACCACCACAUAAAAAGACAAACACGACAAGAACCGUGAUAGUUGUUUCUAUUGUGGCAUUCAGCAUCGUCAUGAUAAUUGCAUCCAUUUGCUUCUUCGUAAGAUUGAAGAAGAAAAAGCAACAAAUGCCACUGACCGAAAAUACAGAGACUGAAACUAUGGAUAUGAGCAUAGCUGAAUCUUUACAAUACAACUUUAGCAUAGUGAGAGCAGCCACAAAUGACUUCUCUGAAGACAAUAAGCUCGGAAGAGGUGGAUUUGGAACUGUUUACAAGGGUAUGCUCGGAGACGGACAGCAAAUAGCAGUAAAGAGGCUAGCGUGGGAUUCUGGGCAAGGUGACCUAGAAUUCAAGAAUGAGGUUUUAUUGGUUGCAAAGCUUCAACAUCGUAAUUUGGUUAGGCUGCUUAAUGGUUUUAGCUUACAAGGAAGAGAACGAAUUCUCAUUUACGAGUACCUGCCAAAUAUUAGUCUGGAUCAUUUUCUAUUUGAUCGAACUAAAUGUGCACUUCUUGAUUGGGAAAAUCGAUACAAGAUCAUCAAAGGCAUUGCCAAGGGACUCCUAUACCUUCAUGAAGACUCCCGUCUAAGGAUAAUUCAUCGCGAUUUGAAAGCUAGUAAUGUUUUAUUAGAUGCACAAAUGAACGCUAAAAUUGCAGAUUUUGGCAUGGCAAGGUUGUUUAAACCUGAGGAAACUCAAGGCGACACAAAGCGAAUUGUGGGAACCUAUGGUUAUAUGGCACCAGAAUAUGCCAUGCAUGGCCAAUUCUCGGUAAAAUCAGAUGUCUUUAGCUUCGGAGUACUGGUGUUAGAGAUGGUAACAGGUCAAAAGAACCAAUGUUUUCGAGAAGGAGAAAACAUUGAAGACCUUCUUAGCUUUGCGUGGAAAUGUUGGCGGAAAGGGACAACGUCAAAUAUGAUAGAUCCCACAUUGAAGACGGGAUCAGGUUCAUUGCGUGACAUCAUUAGAUGUAUUCAUAUUGGGUUAUUAUGCGUUCAAGAAAAUGUUAUUGAUAGGCCGACCAUGGCUUCAGUUGUUCUUAUGCUUAAUAGCUUCUCUCUCACGCUUUCAAUGCCAUCAGAGCCUGCAUUUUUCAUGCGUAGUAGCAUUGAUCCUGAAAUGCCACUCCUUCAAGAGUACACUUCGUCGACAGGGAGCAGUGGUUUAGAAAAAAAUAAAAUGUCAAAAUCAAGAUCGAGAUCAUCCCAAUAUUCAGUAAAUGAUGUUUCAAUAACGGAGAUAGUUCCUAGAUAGGUCGUGAGAAAGCACUUAUGUGUAUAUUUAUGUUUAAAAAUUUACUUGAUUUUACCACUUGAA